AUGCUGAUCAACACGUUCCUCGACACGGAGGAUUUCGUGCACCUUUACUAUCCGGAGGAUGAGAGCGCGGCGCAGGGCUGCGGCGCGGGCGCCCGGAUGGCCUCCAAGUACCCGCCGAGGCCACCGUCGCCAGAGUACAAGCAGGUGGCAUCGUCGUCGGGGGGCGAGAUGAGCGAGCGCGAGCGUUAUCGCGCUCCGCCGCAGCCGGAGCCGCCGCCGCACCGUGUGCGCGCCGCGGACCUCUACCCACGCCUCAGGGCGCACCACGACGAGCCCGGCCUGGACGCCGGCUUCACGCCCAUAUGCGGCGAAUUUGUGCAGUGGGUGGGCCGGGCGGCGGACGGCGGCACCAUCGCCAUGUCCAACUACCGCCUCCACCUGCAGCCGAGGAGGCGCGGCGGGCCCGGCGCCUCGGUGCCGCUGCGGCUCAUCGACGCCCUGGAGAUACGCGACCUGCUCUGCCUCCACAUACUGUGCAAGCACGGCCGCCAGCUCAAAUGCUCGUUCGCUACCGGCGAGCAGUGCUUGGAGUGGUGGCGGCGGCUGAACACCGCCCUGGCGCCCCUCACCUCGCUCCAGGACACCUUCGCUGCAGCGUACGCCGCGUGGGCGAAGGAGCAGCCGCCCUCUUCCGUGCACCGCGCCCUGCUCAGGGCGUCACACUCGCCGCAGAGGCACUGGUUCGGCCCCGAGGUGGAGAGACUGGGCUUCACGGCUAAGGGCGCCUGGCGGGUCUCCGCCGCGAAUGCCGAAUACAAGCUCUGCCCGUCCUACCCACCGCUGCUGGUCGUGCCGGCCUCCAUCGGAGACGAGGACCUAGACUCCGUCGCGAGGUUCCGCGCGAUGCGUCGCGUGCCCGCCGUGGUGUGGCGGCACCGCGGCAACGGCGCGGUGAUCGCUCGCUCCUCGCAGCCCGAGGUGGGCUGGUUCGGCUGGCGCUCCAGCGAGGACGAGCGGCUGCUGGCCGCCUUCGUCGCCUCGUGCAACGCGGACCGCGGCGCCCAGCCGCCCGCCACCAACAAGCAGCAGCUGAAGCUGCUGAUCGUGGACGCGCGCUCGUACGCGUCGGCGGUGACGAACCGCGCGCGCGGCGGCGGCUGCGAGUGCCAGCAGUACUACCCGGCGGCGGACAUCCAGUUUAUGUGCCUGCCGAACAUACACCACGUGCGCCGCAGCUUCCAGCAGCUGCGCGCGCUCGUCGCCGAGCCGGAGGACCACAACAACUGGCACAGCAACCUGGAGCGCACGCUGUGGCCGCAGUACGUGUCGGGCGUGUGCCGCGCCGCUGGGCUGGUGGCGCGCGCCGUGCAGGCCGGCCGGCCGGUGCUCGUGCACUGCUCCGACGGCUGGGACCGCACGCCGCAGAUCGUGGCCGCGGCGCAGCUCGCCCUCGACCCCUACUACCGCACGGUGGAGGGCUUCCGCGUGCUGAUCGAGCGCGAGUGGCUCGACUUCGGGCACAAGUUCGCCGAGCGGUGCGGCCACCAGUUCGGCCCCGAGGAGCCCAACGAGCGCUCGCCGAUAUUCCUGCAGUGGCUGGACGUCGUCCACCAGAUGAUGCUGCAGUACCCGUGCAGCUUCGAGUUCAAUGAGGCCUACUUGAUAAAGCUGGCGACUCACGUGCACUCGUGCAUGUUCGGCACGUUCCUCUGCAACACCCGGCGCGAGCGCAUCGAGUCGCGCGCAGACGGCGCCGCGCACGUGUGGCACCUGUUGCAGGCGCCCGCCUACCGCAAUCACCUCUACUCGCCGCAGCAGCACCACCAGGUGCUGUGGGCGGAGUGCAGCGUGCGUGCCAUGCAGCCCUGGUGGGGGAUGCUCUGUGGCGAGAGGGAGCGCGCCACUACGACACGCAUGCACCACGAGCCGCCGCACCUCGACGCGGCCCCGCAGAACGGCCUCAUGACGAAGACGAGAUCCUGCGAUAAUCUACUGAGCGACGGAGAGAAACGUACCACCCAGAGGCGAUGCAGCGAUCCCAGUAUAGCACCCGACGUCAUGAAGCUGUCGGCACUGAUGGGCCGCGAGUGCCGCAACGCGCUCACGGACAGCUGCGUGGACGAGCUCGUCGCGCCCCCCGCCCCACCAACGCCCCCCACGCCCCCUAUGCCCCCAACGCCCCCUACGCCCCCCACACACACGCCCUCCGCUCAGGUCGAGGGUCUGCACCCGGAGCAUUUCAGCAAGCCGGAUGGCAGCGCUUCUUCGUCACUGGAGCGCGAGCUGGUGAGCGCCGUGGACAGCGGCGACUGCAUCGACGGCUCGCCCCCGCCCCCGCCAACGCCCCCCGCAGCGCCCCAAGCGCCGCCGCACAGGGCGCACCAGCGAGCGCCCCCCGCUCCGCUGACGCCCCCCGCUCCGCUGACGCCCCCCGCGCCGCUGACGCCCCCCGCGCCGCUGACGCCCCUCGCGCCGCUAACGCCCCUCGCGCCGCACCUACUGCAGAACGGAGAUGCCCGCAGCCCCGACAUGGACACGCCCGACGAGCCUGUCGUGUUCCUUUGCGAGCCUUACACUGACUUGCUCUCUAUGCCCGAGGCGGCGAGGGAAGCCGGCCGCACGCGGAACAUUAGCAUUACGUGGCGCUCUAUCUCCGAGUCGAGCAACCAGUCGUCGACGGGGUUCGACAUCGCCGGUACGCCGCCGGCGGCGCGAGCGAUCGAUCGGCCCGCCGAGCAGGCGAUCGAGCGACCGGUCGAGCGAUCGGUCGAGCGGUCCGUCGAGCGGUCGGUCGAGCGAUCCGUCGAGCGGGACGCAGAGGCGAUCGACGGCCGCGACUGCUUAGGCGGCGAGGAGUCGGCGCUGAGCAACGGCGCCGUCAACGGCAUCGACGACAUCGCGGCCAAGUUCCUCCAAGUCGAUUUGAACGGCCAGCAU